AUGGUUGGAGUAGAUCAGCAAGGUCAACAACUCAUGACUUGUUUGCACUUCCUCCAUAUAUAUAUUUUACAAGUUCUGGGGCUCCACAACAGCGGAUUGGAGAUGCGAUUGUGCAGGCGAUUUCUCCCGUUCAGGUGGCAAGGAAUUGUGGUUGUGUUGUGGUAAUGGCGAAUCGCCAGAGGACGCAAAAGGCCACCCAAUAGGGUCACAGCAUUGAGGGGGACCUAGGGCUCCCCUAGCAUGACGAGAGGCACAUGGGAGAAGCGUAGAGUGCAAAUGCUGGUGCUUCGAUGCUGAUGACGUGGUCUCCAUUGA